CUUCGGCUCUUUUUUCGCUAUAUAGAUUGAGAUUAUUAACUGUAUGAAACAUCAUUUUGUAGUCGAUCCCAUCACUUUAGACUCCUAACAACCCAUGAACUGAGGCUUAAGCAACAAGACCUGCGUUAGUCAUUCUCCGCCAGAAAAGGGGGAUAUUCCAACCGACCAAUCACAAUAUCGAUUCCUGUUCCUCGGGUGUAAAUCUACACAAGGGUAAGGGGUCGAGUCUCUCCUAGAAAUUUGGGAUAAGUAGUCUAAGCACGCGACGAAUUUUCACUCUUUAAUUAGUUGAAAAAGCAUCCGCGAGGUCAUAAGUGGUAAGCCCUUAAUCAUAACCAUCGCCGAGAGAUCAGAUCACAUCAGUAAACUCGAUAUCCUUAUCAUGGCUGAAGGCACUCAUGAAAUCAAAGAAGCUCCCGAGCAGGUCGAUAAUGGCGGAUCCGAGCAUGUCGAAAACAACGUAAAAAUCGAUACCAAGAUUGAUCAGCGCCAUGCAGAAAUGUACGCCGAAGCCUUACGGCAAUAUCCAGAUGAAGCUUCCAUUGACAAAGAAGCCGAGAAGAAACUCAAGCGGAAGUUGGAUAGACGCAUAUUGCCUCUGCUAGGAAUAUGCUACUUCUUCUACUAUGUUGACAAGACCACCCUCUCCUAUGCUGCCAUUUUUGGCAUCCAGUCGGACCUUCACUUGAAGGGGGCCGAGUACUCAUGGCUGUCGAGCAUUUUCUACUUCGGCUGGCUCUUCUGGUCGAUCCCGUCGAACCUCAUCAUGCAACGCUGCCCACCCGCCUAUUAUUUGGCGUUCAACAUCUUCAUGUGGGGGGUGCUCUUGAUGGCCCAAGCCGCAGCCAAGGACUUUGCUGGCCUCACUGCUUUAAGAAUCCUUUCCGGUGCUUUCGAGGCCAUUGCGGACCCGGCUUUCAUGCUUAUAACGUCCAUGUACUACACGCGUGAAGAACAACCUUCUCGUAUCUCGGCGUGGUAUGCUUGGAACGGUAUUGGUAUAGCUGGUGGCGGUCUCAUUGGAUACGGAAUUGGCCAGAUCGAAGGCGCACUUCGCUCGUGGCGAUACGAGUUUAUCGUCGUAGGAUCACUGUGUACUUUCUGGAGCAUCGUCCUGUUACUACUCUUGCCGAACUCGCCCACAACAUUCUGGGGCUUCAGCAAACAAGAACGAUUGCUCAUGAUAGCUCGUAUUCGCCGCAACCAGACCGGAAUCGAGCACCAAAGAAUCAAUUGGGGCCAGAUCAAGGAAGCUUAUCUUGACUACAAGACUUGGCUCUUCGUGUUAUUUGGCUUCCUCGGCGCGAUCCCAAACGGGGGCAUCUCCAAUUUCUCAACUUUAGUUAUUCAGGGGCUAGGGUUUGAUACACUACACACGGCCUUGCUAGGCAUCCCGCAGGGUGUUCUCGUCGUCAUCUGGAUCGGUCUCGGGGCUCUUGUUAAUAACUACAUGCCGGCUAAUAGCCGCACGAUUGUUUCUGCUUUGUUCAUGCUGCCUACGAUAGGUGGAAGCUUGGGCUUCUUACUCGCGCCUACUAACGCCUACGUUGGGCGAUUGAUCUGCUUCUACCUAACUGGUUCCUACCAAGCAUCAUUUGUGAUCUCUCUGUCUCUAGUAACGAGCAACACAGGAGGACAAUCUAAGAAGAUGAUCGUAUCCGGGAUGGUCUGGUUUGGCUCAUGCGUCGGAAACAUCGCAGGGCCCUUCUUUUACAAGUCCGAACAGGCGCCAUCCUACCAUCUCGGUAUCGGAUCUCUCCUUGUCGCAAACGUUGCCGAAUUCGUCCUUUUCUUCGUCUUCCGUUACGCGUUCAAGUGGGAAAAUAGACGAAAGGAGAAAGUCCGUGCCGCUUUACGGGAAACUGGUGUGAUCACGGAUAACGCCGAGGGGUUGAACGCAACGGCGUUCCAGAACUUGACAGACAAGGAGAACCCAAAUUUUGUUUACGUAUAUUAAAAGAACUAUUAAAUUUAAAUUUAACAUUUCAAAAACAUAAAA